UAUUGCUCAUACAAAUACUAGGCGGGAAAACUAAGGGGGAAGCUGCUUGUAGAAACACAAGGAGGUUGUUUAUAUGAUAAGAAUACAGGCUGGUGAAAGGUGAGGAAUAAAGAUGAACAACAGUAAGAGUAAGACAUGCAGAGCAUCACAGGAGCAGUGUGGAGUUUGGCUGGAUGCUGCUGAAUUAAGAGCGAAGAAACAGAGAAAACUGGCACGUCCAAUAUCCAAACUCCUGAAUCCGCUGGCUCGGUCCGGAGGCUACAGCGUGGCAGUGGCUCUGAAUUUUACCCAAACCAAGAUGGAAAUGCCUGCGACAAAACAGAGCAGGAUCUCCUCGUUUUUUCUACCACAGAGUAGAAAGGAAAGAGAUGCAGAGGACUACAACUCUCCAUGGCCUUCAGGAAUGUCUUCUACUCCCCUUCCUGAAGCACAUAUGGGGACUAAACGAAAGCGUGAGAUGAUGUUUGAAUUGCCUUCGGAACUAGAUGACAUUAGCAGCCAUUCCUCUCUUAUAGACCCACAGGAACAUGAAGCAGGUAUUGAGAGAACAUCAGGCGAAGUCUGUAACAAUGAUGAUGAUAAGGAGCAGCAGUUUUUACAUUUGUUUUGGGGAUAUCAGUCAGAGGAGUGUGAGCCAGCAGGAAAGAGGAGACCUUGUGAGGAUAUCAAAAUUGAUAAUGUCACAGAUACACAAGCACACAGCAUCAAAGCCAUAAUGUGUGGUGAUGGGCCUGAUAAUAUGCCUGAAAGUCUGCUUCACAGGGAUCAGACACAGCAAAAUUCUCAUGAGAACUUUCGCAUGCAGAGAGGAGAGAACAGCAAUGAUUCUUUAACUUUUCUCUCUUCAGAAGAUGUGUAUACUCAGGAACUGGUAAAAGACCAAAGUGUGACGGAAAAGAGAGCUUCAUUUUUAACACCGAGGUCAACCACAGUGAUCCAAAACACGAUAAAACAUCUCAUGAAGUCUUAUAAAGAGCCACAGCCGAGGAAGAAGAAGAGAGAGGAUAAAGAAAAUUGCAGGUCCACAUCAUCAAGACGCAGCACUCAACUUUCACCUUUUAAGCAUCAUGUGUACUCUAGCCCAGCAAAAUGUUCUUCAGAUUUUAAUAGAAAACUUUAUCGGACUCCUAAAAAGUCAAUCAGGGAGGCUCAAGAGAAUGAUGAAGACUCACUGGGCAUGCUGUUUACUCAGGACUCUGAAGGUUUCCGGGUGAUCGCCCAUCGCAGCAAACUGUCUAGAUGUCCACUGAAGGACCAAACUAAUUCCCUUGAGGGCAGAGAGUAUUCGAGCAUCCCAUCUGUAAUGCCCCUGGAAAUGGAGGAGAACUCUGAUCCAGAGCCAGAGAUGCUUUUCACACAGGACUCUCAGGGAAAUAUAGUGAUUAAACAUUAAAGACCAAAUGUGGUGUAGGAUAAAGCUUUAUUUUUCAGUCAGGUUUAAAGCAUUUUCAUUAAACCAGUUUAUUGCACUCUGUGUAGACAUACUGUAUAUGUGGAGAUAUGUGGGCCUCUGAACAACAGCCUUGUGUAACACCAAUGUAAAUUUUACUUUUGUUUAGAGCAAAUGUUCAUCAUACAGGUAUCCCUUGUGAACUAGGUGUAUUUGAAAUUUCUUUUCUUGUUUUUUUGUCAAAUUAUAUAAUUUGUAUGUUUCUAUUUUGUGCAUUAAUGUGUAUUGGUGUAAUGUUCAUGCUCUGCUGUUGAUGUGCAACCUAUCUUAUUUGACCACCAGAUGGCACAAAUUGUUUCUAACAAAACUAAAACGUUUCAUCCAGAUGGAGUGCAUCUUACUUUAUCUAUAUUUUAGAAGAGGUUGAGUGUAAGGUGUUUAAUGACUGAGAACAACCACAGAUCUAAAUAAAAAGCAAUUAUUAAAGUGGGAAUGAUUUCAAUUAAACCUUCAAUAUGAAACGUGAACCUUUGUGCAAUUACAAGCUGAACAUAUUAUUUGUUUUAUCAUCAGAUAAGCUCCUGUUUUAAAGCAGAACACGAUAAAUAGACCACUUAUAGUUUCGUGGCAAAAUGUUUGUGGGUUUGUCCAGAUUUAUUUAAAAAAUCUUUUGUGAAGACAGAAUAAGUGGUGAGAAAACAUUCAGAAAUCCAUAAUGUUUUAUUUGUAGGACUAGUGUUU